GAUUUUCACUUUAUAAACAAUACAAAGUUUAGCCGUACCGUCCCGUAAAUGAAACGCCUGGCAGUUUAAAACAAUGACGGGGUGAAUCGAUAAAUGCCGUGUCCGAACAUAUCCAAAUUGUGUUUGAAAAUUUGAUUUGAAGCAAUGGAAAACAAUAGUUCAUACAAGACAAUUAAACAAUGAAUUUCAAUUAUAGGAGAAAAUCGAAUUUAGGAUGGAUUUAAGUUUAGUGAUUUUAUUUAUUAUUAAUUUUAUACAGCAUUUAAUAUUAGAAGUCAAUGGCGACUGCACGUGGCCAACAGAAUUCAAUUCCAACCAAUGGCAUGACAGUUCAAGAGGCAUUCUCACAUUUGGCACAAAGUCAAUGCAGGGAUGGACGUUUCAACCUACAUCUACAUUGACUGUUAACUCCUGGGAUUGUGUUUCUGUCUCAACAUACAGUACAGACGGACGAAUUCUUUUAAUAACAUCCCAACCUUUUAGCUUAUUUUCAACAAAUUACUACGCCUAUUUAUGUAUAACUGUCACCAAGAUUACCGAGUCAUCCUACAGUUACUAUAUCAAUCAUGAGAUACAACAUAAUGUAAAUUUUGAACGUGCAUUUAUCUACCCAGCAAACAAUUUAACUGACCAUAACACAAUAUGUUCGAACUCUGGGGCAUCCGGCGGGGAAUAUCAAAUGCUGGUAAAAGAAGGGAGUGAAUUUGCAGCAAAGGUCCACUGUCCAUGGCACUUUUUAGGUCAGUAUGGAUAUACGCAUACUACUUCCGAUGCUGUGACAACGUGUGAUCAAUCUUCCUCUAAAAUUAGCACGUGUACAAAUACGCAGCAUAUGAAAUUUGAUUACAUCGCAUGUGCCACGAAGGUUGCCUAUUCAGUGUCGGACACAUUGUGGUGCAUUAACAAUGUUGUAGAAGGGGAAACGAACUAUGUCAUGGUCUUCAAUGGCAACGAUGCCAGCUCUCUUAUUGAUAACCAAUCUAUUUAUAGAUUUACAUGCAUAGCGGUCUCAGGUGACGUCACAAAAGCCUCUGUCUCACCUAGAUAUUGCCAAAAGGAUCAAACACCUGCACUGUUCCCAAGGACAUCAUCCGGACAAACCAUAGGAGCUUUACUCUCAUUUGCCCCUGCUUCGUUAACCUGUCGUAAGUAG